GUGGGCAGAGACCCCGUCGAAAUUACCAAUUUGCGUCGCGUCCGCCGACAAGCAUGGGUCAGUUUGAACAAGUACCGAUCGCGUCACCCUCGGCGUCGCUCGUGAUGAAGGCCGCGCAGAAGGACCUCGAGCGCGACCUCGCGCAGCGCAAGCUCGAGUGGGCCUGUGUCUUUUGCAUCGUCUUUAUGAUCGCCGAGUUCAUUGGCGGCUACGUUGCGGGCAGCCUCGCCAUCAUGUCGGACGCCGCGCACCUCCUCAGCGACGUGCUCGGGUUCCUCCUCUCGCUCUUCGCCUUGUACCUCUCGAAAUUUCCGGCCACGCGCGUCAUGCCUUUUGGCUACAAGCGCGCCGAGGUCCUUGGCGCCCUUGGGAGCAUCCUCCUUAUCUGGCUACUGACGCUCGGCCUCGUCUGGGCAGCGAUCGAGCGCAUCAUCUUGCUCACGCGCACGCCGCUGCCCGGCGAGAUCAUUCCGCAGGUCAACGGCAAAGUCAUGUUCUGCGUCGCGCUGCUCGGGCUCUGUGUGAACAUUGCGCUCAUGAAGAUUCUUGGCCAUGGCCACAGCCACGGCGGCCACGGCCAUAGCCACGGCAGCAGUAACCACGGUCAUAGCCACGGUGGCAGCAAUCCUGAACACAGUCACGGCGAGAGCCACGCAGCGACCGAGGCCCACGGACACAGCCACGGUGCCUGCGACCACGACCACGAUCAUCACCACGAUCACGAGGACGCCCACGAUGACGCUGCCGCGCAUGAGCAUCACGACCACGACCACGAUCAUGAUCACGCCAAGGGAGACGACGACGAUGACGCGUCCACGUCACGCGAGUCGAUGACAGCGAUCGACGUCGACGACGAGCCCGAGCCCGAGACGCACUUGACGGCGGCGUCGUGCGGCGGCCACGAAAAUCUCAACGUCCGCGCUGCGUACUUGCACGCGCUCGGCGACUUUCUGCAGAGCCUUGGCGUGUGCAUUGCGGGCGGUCUCAUCUGGUACAACCCGUCGUGGCAGCUCUGCGACCCGAUCGUGACGCUGCUCUUCUCGGUCAUUGUGGGCGCGACGACCAUUGGCAUUUGCAAAACGAGCCUCCUCGUGCUCAUGGAGGGCACGUCGAUCGAGCUUGAUUUGGCGGGAAUCGAAGCCACGAUUCAGUCCGUGGCGACUGACUACCACGACCUCCGCGUGUGGUCUGUCUCGACCGGCGCGUAUGCGCUCACGGUGCACGUUGUGAACCCGUCCUCGACGACGGUGGUGGCGACACUCCAGCAGCGUCUGCUGUCACUGCACGGCUUUGAAUGUCUCUCGAUCCAAGUCGAGACGGCGGCCGACGCCGAGCGGUGCCCGUUCAACGAGAAGGAAGCCGCGUGCAUGGUCUAGCACCAACCAGUGACUAUCAUUACUAGAGUUAGGACCUCCCAUAAACAUGCUAUUCCACAAAAUGUGUCGUCGUCUACGG